UUGUUCCUUGAGGCAACAGGAGGGCCCCCGCCGCGCCCAGCCUGAGGCGAACUCCCAUAACACAGCACCUGUCCGGUAACUCCGUCAGAGCUGCUCGAUUUCUGGGAAAGUAAUUCUCGAUUGACGCAAAACCGGUAUCAGCGGGCCUUCGUUCAGCUGCCACCUGAUGGUCUUAAAUGACCGUAGACGAGUGUAACAGAACUUUAAUGAUCCUUGGCUGUUACUGAUGAAGCAACAGAACAUCACAUUUCUUAAAUGAAGCCCAAGUGCUUGUGUGUAUAUAUACAUUUUGUGGAGUGAUACAGUCUUUAGUAGUCUGCUUACAUGUGUAAAUCACUACGUUACUGUGUUAGCCACUGCCUCUAUGCAGCAAUGACAAAACUGGAAGAAGCAAACCGAGAAGUGAGCAUGCAUUCCUCUGUCCGGUAUCUGGGCUAUUUAGCCCGAAUGAAUUUAUUGGUUGCAAUAUGCAUGGGCCUUUAUGUCAGAUGGGAGAAGAAUGCAGAUGCACUAAUACUCGUGAUCUUUAUCCUGGCUCUCUUUGUUCUUGGAAUUGCCAGUAUACUUUAUUACUACUUUUCCAUGGAAGCAGCAAGUUUAAGUCUUUCUAAUCUUUGGUUUGGAUUUUUACUUGGUCUUCUCUGUUUUCUUGAUAAUGGUGCUUUAAAAAGUGAUGUGAAAGAAGAAGCAACAAAAUACUUACUCCUUUCCUCCAUAAUUAUAAGAAUAUUGUAUGCUUUGGUGCAGAGGAUAUGUGGCUGUAUCCAUCAUCGACCCACUUUGUUAACAACGGUUGAGUUCCUGGAACUGGUUGGGUUUGCAAUUGCCAGCACAACUAUGCUGGUACAAAAAUCUAUGAGUAUUAUCUUGCUGGUUGUGGCUUUAGCAAUGCUUAUUAUUGAUUUGCGGAUGAAGUCUUUCCUUGCCAUUCCAAAUUUGGCAAUCUUUGGCAUCCUAUCCUCGGUAUUGUUUUUUCCUUCCCUAGAGAUACCCACAAAUCCAUUUGCCUUAGGAUGCUUUUUUAGCUGUCUGAUCACAGACUCUCUUCUUGACGUUUACUUUAGUGGACUUUCAGUUACAGAACGCUGGAAACCCUAUUUGUUUCGUGGGAGAGCCUGUCGAAGAUUUUCCGUCAUCUUUGUUGGACUUAUUGAACUUACUUCUUUCAUACUAUCAGCCUUCAAGCUCGGUGAUUUGGAUCGCUGGUACUUUGUGAUACCGGGUUUUUCUAUUUUUGGAAUUUUCUGGAUGGUCUGCCAUAUCAUUUUUCUUAUAACUCUUUGGGGAUUCCAUACAAAAUUGAAUGACUGUCACAAAAUCUACUAUACGCACAGGGCAGAGAACAACAACCUUGAUAGAGUUAUGGCAUCUAAAGGAAUGCGUCAUUUUUGUUUAAUUUCUGAGCAACUUGUAUUUUUUAGCCUUCUUGCAACAGCAGUUUUGGGUGCUGUAUGUUGGCAGAAAUCCAAUGGAAUCUUCAUGAGUGUGUUUCUGAUUGUUUUACCUCUUGAAUCCAUGGCUUAUGGGUUAUUUCACGAACUGGGGAACUGUUUGGGAGGAACAUGUGUAGGGUAUGCAGUUGUGAUUCCUACCAAUUUCUGCAGUCCUGAUGGCCAACCAACCCUGCUUCCACCUGAGCAUGUACAAGAGUUAAACUUGAGGUCAACAGGUAUGCUUAAUGCCAUCCAAAGAUUCUUCGCCUAUCAUAUGAUUGAGACUUACGGCUGUGAUUAUUCCACAAGUGGACUUUCUUUUGAUACGCUUCACUCCAAGCUGAAAUCUUUUCUUGAACUUCGGACACCAGAUGGACCCAGACAUGACACCUAUGUUCUGUAUUACAGCGGCCACACUCAUGGCACUGGGGAAUGGGCACUCGCAGGCGGUGAUGCAUUACAGCUGGACACACUUUUGGAAUGGUGGAGAGAGAAGAAUGGCUCUUUUUGUUCAAGGCUUAUUAUAGUCUUAGACUGUGAGAAUUCACAGCCUUGGGUUAAAGAAGUAAGAAAAGUCAACGACCAGUAUAUUGCAGUACAAGGAGCGGAGCUGGUUAAAGUGGCAGACAUUGAUGAAGCAGACCCUCCACGCCUAGGUGACUUUACUAGAGAAUGGGUGGAAUACAAUUGUAACCCUGACAAUGACAUCAGUUGGUUUGAAAAGGGGCGAACUAUCAAAGCCAUGUACGGAGUCUCAAAACGAUGGAGUGACUAUACUUUACACUUGCCAACAGAAAGUGAUGUUGCCAAACAUUGGAUGAUGUAUUUUCCCCGAAUCACCUACCCUCUGAUUCAUCUGGCAAACUGGUUCUGUGGUCUUAAUCUCUUUUGGAUCUGCAAGGCUUGUUUUAGAUGUUUGAAAAGGUUAAAAAUGAGUUGGUUCCUUCCUACAGUAUUGGACACAGGGCAGGGCUUCAAACUUGUCAGAUCUUAAAUUAAGACCCAAAGAUGAGCAGGAGCUCUUAAAACUUUAACAUAUGACUGACUUGUAACAGUUUACAUUGUUGAAGGAACCCUGCUACUUAUCACAGCAGCAUCACCUUUGUUCUUUACUUUGAGUAGCUAUAGAAGAUGCAAAGGGUUAAACUCCAUUAUGAAACAACAGCAUUGGUAUUAGGUGAAAUGUGUUUCUGAUGUUGAUCUGAAUUCUGUAAAAGCCAUUUAGUAUGACCAUGUUUCAGAGAUGAGUUUGUAUGCUCGUCUGCAUGGGAGCUAACUGAGGGCUAUAUAGGCAAAUUCCUUUUUUUUUCCUUUCGUGUUGUUAUGCUUUAUAUGGCAGGUGUAUCCCAUGAAAAAUAAUUUCAAAAAUUUCAGAACUAAUUCAGGUCACUCUGUUAUGACCAUACUUUGCACUGAUGGAUUUUCAAGACCUUGUAAAUCAGCACACAGUAGCUAAGGAUAAUGCCAGAUAAUGCCAGAUAAUCCUCAGGGGUAUUAGCACACCAUUUUAAGUGAAUACAAAUAUAGAAUUUAUUGGAACUUCCAAGUAUGUGUAUUUAGAAUAGUGGGUUUAUACCCCUAAUCCUAGAUGUACAUACUUGAGAGUAAGUUGUUAUUAGCUGAGCUUAUUUCAAGGUAGGUAUAAUUAGUAUCGUGGCUAUAGUGAGUUAAUUUUGGAAAUUAUAGCCAAUAGCUGGUCACCUGUGGCAGUAUCAUAGCAUUCAACAUUUCAGACCAUGCCCUUGAUAAAAUCUUAGGCAGUCUAUUGAAUUUGGUGUUGUGAAAGUUGGCUGUGUCUCAAAUCGCUUUUCUUCUGACUGGCUGUCAUGGAAUGAUAGCAAUGUGCUGAACUGUAUUUCAGUUCCAGAACUGAAGCAAGUUAUCUUUAUUUGUAAGUACUAAGGCAUUAAAAGGGGUAUUCCUUGGGACAACCUUCUGAGGCUUCAGAAUCUUACCUUAAUCUAGAAUUGGAAAGUUGGGGUGGUGGGGGACUGUCUAAAGCAUUGGCUGAAAAACAGAGACUGUAAUUGUCUUUUGAAUAAGUUUGGAUCUAUUUAUAAAAGUAAAUGUUCACACAGCUUUGGUGUAAGGACUCUGCUCAAAGUGCCAUUGAUCUAAAAUCACUGUAAAUUAGGGUCCCUGUAAUCUGAUUUCCUUCAUUGGGAAAGUCAAAUUUGCAAGUUAUAUUCUUUUCUCUCCUCUCCUUGCAAAUUCUGUGAAAGCAUUGCAUGAUGAAAGCAUAUGUCAACAAGAGAGUAAUUUAUAAUAUUCAAAUUCUUGUUUUACCUUUUUUUAAAUAAGAGUUUGUUUUCUAAUUAUUUCUGUAUUUCAGCUUGAAAAUUUUGAUCAGUCUUUGUAAAAUAUGUAUAUAACUGUUUGGAUAAGAGAAUUGCUCUUGCUGCAUUAAAUCGCCAUGCAUUAAUACAGUGUUUACUUUAAAAGGGCUUUUAACAAUAAUGCUGGAACGAAAACCUGAAUUAAGAUAAUCAUACUAACCAAGAAGUCCUUUUCUCCAGUAGAUCAUGGCUUCUUCAGAUUCAGGAAUAGAUAAUAGCUUCCCCCCUCCUCUUGCUGCAUACCCUAAUCUCUAUAGCAGUACUUCUGUUCCAGGAUGUAUGGUCCUGAAGUAUCUAUUUGCACAGAUCAAAGGUGCAUGUGAAAUCAACUGCAGGUGUUGGAAUAUGUAGAGAAUCAUAAAUUGCUCCCUCCUUGAUACUGAUACCAAAACUUGGACUUGAGAUAAAGAUAAAAAUGUGUGGGGUUUUUCCUGACCAGAAUCUGAACCAAAGCUAUUAAUGUAAUGGCUCUCACCAGCGUGUAAUGAUCCACAAUCUUGUGGAUGAUCCUGAAAGAGGCUACUUUCUGUUCUGUUGGAUGCUUAUUGUUGCUGCAUUUACUACAGAAAGCUGAAAACAUUGUUGAAUUUCUGGUGUAGUUUCAGCCAUCAUGUCUGUUCAAAUUGUUAGUUUUAAGGGCAUAAGAAUGGUGCCAAUAACCCUAAGUAGAUUAAAAGUGAUUUUCUGAAACUCACACAAUGUCACUUCAGGAUGAAGUGUUCUGUGUGAAGAUAAUAUCUGUGCAGAGGUAUUUCAUUUGGUCCCCUCUGUACUCGUUUUGCUUUAAUGUGCUAAUGCCGGUGCCUCAGACUAGCUUACACUUAAUUGGAAUGCAGGCUGAUAAAGAGUUCCCUGCCAUUUCCUUUCUCUUACAAUUGCACUUUCAUAUGUUUUCAUUUCUUGAGCUGUGUAUUGAAGCCCUUUCUCUGCUUUUAAAAUUGAAUCUUUCUGUAAUAUUUAUUGUGCUUCCUUUGGGAUUACUGACACUGAUUUCAGCUUGAGUAUUUCAAGGGUUUAUUGCCUGUGGUGGAUGUUGUUACUCUAGAAAACUUCCUUGUUUAUCA